AUGAAAUACUCCAAUAUGAAUAAGUUACCUGUACCAGUAUUGGCCUGGAGCAGACCUGAAAAUAUUCCGUUCCCAAAUGUCUGGAAUAGAUUUAAAUCUAGACCAAAGAAUGGCAAAUCGUGCAAUAUUAAAAUUGUUGAUUUGACACCGGAUCGAUACGAAGAAGCUAUACAGUUCAUGGCGAAAUAUUUCCUUAUGGAUGAGCCAUUACGAUCAUCGGUGAAAUUCUUGGACGAUAUGAAUGACACUAUUCGUUACUUGCACGCUUUGAAAACAGCAAUAGAAACUAGGACGAGUAUCUUGGCAGUUUUAGACGAAGAUGUGGCAGCUCCUGAAAUUGUUGGAAUUCAAAUUUUAUACGUUUCAACCAACGGGGACCCUUCGAUUCGACAUUUUCAUGAUCCUGGGGAAAAAAUCCGAAAAGUGAAACGGAUCGCUAACGAUUUGAUGAACGCCGCCGACCCUUACGAAAUUCUUGGAACCGAUAGACUUUUGCGAGGAUUCGGUCUAUGUGUAAAACCAGAUUACAGAGGGAUGGAUAUAGGCUACAAUCUUUUACUGUGUUUGGAAAAACUAGCCAAAGCUUACGACGUGAAAGGAUGUAUGAAUAUGUAUAGUCGAAUCCAGUCUCAAGUUCUAGCCGAAAGAGUGGGCUUCAAAGUAUACAACGAGGUGUUCUACGAAGAUUAUAAAGAUGAAAAAGGAAAUGCCUUGUUUCCCAUUAAACAUACCAAAUCGUUUAAAUUGAUGGGGAUCAAGUACGCAUGACUAUCUGUGGAUGUGGUUGAAAUUCGAUUCCGCUGCUGUUCGAUUCCUGCUGCAGAGAAUAGCGAACUUGAGAUUAUUAGUGAAAUUAGAUACUGCGAUAAGAUUGUGAUAUUAAUAAACAUUCGAAAGAGUAAAAAAGAAUCGAACGUGAAUUUUAUAAUAAUUAUAUUGUUUUCUAAAUUGCAA